GUCAACAUAAUUACCUUGAUCGCGGAUAUAACACGAUUAUUUAUCAAGUAGUUACAAGUUUUGUUGUAUUAAAUAUGAAUAAAAAUGACUUAAUUCAAUUUGUAAGUGAACCUUGGCGUAAUGAUCCGGUAACUGAUAAAGAAUAUGAAGAGCUAUAUUAUCUUGCACCAGAAAUGAAAAAAGAAUACGAAUUAGAGUUAAAAAUAUACUUAUCUUCGAUUUUAAAAGAUCUUAUAGCUAAAAAAGAUCAAGAAAUAAAUGCUAUUAAUCAAAGUAUAGGAAAUCAAAAAGGUGUUGAGAAUACAUUUGCUACUUUACAAGCGGAAUCUGCUGAAGAACUUGCAUGA